UGCCGAACAGCAACAAAGAACCAUAAACCCAUGUCUGCUCUUCAAUGGUGCUGCCUUUCUUCUCUCAAAACCACUGCUCCCCUCUCCUCUACUAACAAUCAGAAGAAGUCUCCUUUCAAAAUUUCCUUCUCUCAAAACCAAACUAGUGAUGAAGCUUCCCAGCCCAUCUCACCAAGCUUCGAAGAAACUGCUUCGGAGUCCACCCAGGUACAGGGUCAUAUAGACCCUGUCAAGCUUGCUUUUGAGAGGGCUAAAGCGUAUAAAAAAACGAAAGUGAAUCCAGAUUCAAAAACUGAACAGAACCCAGAAGGGGAUUCUGAUGGGGAUGGGAGAAAGACUGAUGGAAGUAAGGAAAUUCCAGUUUCAGUUAAGGUUGCAAUGGAAAAGGCAAGAGAGUACAAGGAGAAUAGUGGGGUUCUUGGUGGUGUUGAGAAUAACAGUGAGAGCAGAAUUAGUUCAGGCAAGAAAACUGAGAGUGAGGGUACUUCACAACAAAACAAGACUGUGGAGAAGAAGGUUCAGAAGAACAAAAAAUUGUCAAUUUCAAGCAUUGACUUCGUUGGGCUUGAUUUUGCUGAUAAGAGAAAGAGCAGAGGACUACCACCUGGACUGGUUCCAAUUUCGGACCCUUUUCCCGAAGGCGACUUGCCUGAUGUGGAGAUUAUUGUUGGGGACACCAGCAAGUUUGGGGAGGCAACAACAUCAGAGACAAAGCAAACUCCAGAAGAUAACUCUGAUUUUUAUAAGCCGAAAGUCUCAACAUGGGGAGUCUUUCCUAGGCCUGGCAACAUCUCCAAGAAGUUUGGUGGUGGAAGGACUAUUCGACCUGGGGAAGUGCUUGAAACAGAAGAAGAUAGAGCUGCUAAAAAUGAGCGCAGCAGGCAAUUGCUUGCUGCUUACAAGAAGAAAGUUGGAUUAGAUGUUGACCCAAAGCUAAGAUCUGAAUGUGAGAAGGCAUUAAGGGAUGGUGAAUCAUUGAUGGAUUCUGGGAAGCUUAAGGAUGCUUUAUCCUACUAUGAAAGAGUAAUGGAGAAGAUGCCUUAUCUGAGUGAACUUCAUGGAUUAGCUGCUUUGCAGUGGUCUAUAUGUCAAGAUUCACUUAGUAGACCCAAUGAGGCUCGGAUUAUGUAUGAGAAGCUCCAGUCUCAUCCAAAUGCCAAAGUAAGCAAGAAAGCAAGGCAGUUUAUGGAUAGUUUCAAGGCCAUGGAAAUGAUGAAGGUGACAGGCUCAAACCCUUCAUCAACUUACACAGGCUACGAUAAAUAUUUUGAGGCAUUAAUUGAAGACAAAGCCUACUACUCUCCAGAAGGGGCUGAAGUCACAGAAGGAGCACUGAAUCAAGCCCUCCCAUAUAUGGUUUUCCUUCUUUCUCCAAUUGUUGUUGUAUUAUUCAUUGCUUUACAGAAACGAUAUGCAAAUUAAUAUAAAUGCAAUGUCUCAUUAUAUCUUUCCUAAAAUAUAUACUUAGAUUUCAUUUUUUCCAAGUGGUACAAUAUUUCAGUAAUACAUAGAUUUUCUUCUCCACGAUUCAUAAAUUGAUAU